AUGAUAGAAACUUUUUUAGAAAAAAUAAUUAAGACAAAUGAAGAAGAAAUAAUUUAUCUUCUUUUUGGUUACAAGCUUUUUAAGGACAAGCAGGUAUGCAUACAUUGUAAUGUCAAUAUGCACCUUACAUCAAAUAAAAAAAUACAAGAUAGGUUUGAGUAG